AUGGGUGGCGUCACCGUUCGCGAUGUGGACGCGCAGAAGUUCAUUGCUGCUUACUCUGCGUUCUUGAAACGUCAGGGCAAGCUCCCCAUCCCAGGAUGGGUUGACACUGUCAAGACCUCCGCCUCUAAUGAGCUCCCUCCCCAGGACGCGGACUGGUACUACGUCCGUGCCGCCGCCGUCGCCCGUCACAUCUACAUGCGCAAGACCGUCGGUGUUGGCCGCCUUCGCAAGGCCCAUGGCUCAACCAAGAACCGUGGCUCUCGCCCCGCCCACCACGUCGAUGCCUCCGGCUCCGUUGACCGCAAGGUCAUGCAGUCCCUUGAGAAGAUCGGUGUCCUCGAGAUCGAUGAGGACAAGGGUGGCCGUCGCAUUACCCAGAGCGGACAGCGGGAUCUUGACCGUAUCGCCAAGACUACCGUUGACGAGGAGGAGGAGGACGAGGAGUAA